AUGAGCUGGAAGAGUGCACGGCCGAGCCGGCUGAGCCAUCCCCUCGGAAAGACUUCCAGCCCGUCCCGGCCGGGCGGAGGGAGCGGAUCUCGGAUUCAAGAAUCGCCCCGGGUGCCCGUCCGACUGCCAUCGCCAUCCCGACUCAAAUCCAUCGGCCUCUCGCCACUCAUCGACCACAACUCGCCCCUGUCCCUGCCCGAAUCCGAGCACGCCCGGCUCAAGUGGCUCAAUCGCUUCACGCCCCGCUGGAACGAGUCCAAGGACGAACGCCUGGCCCGCUUCAAGCUCCGGGCCCUCAAGAUGCGCACCCGCAGAGCACACACCGAAAAACUCCUCAACUCCUUCCAACGUCUCGAUGCAUUCACCGGCACAAUCUUGCCAUCAGACCUUAUGAUUUCCUUCAGUUUUUUCAAAUGGGCGCCUUCUCGAGAAUCUCCCCCUGAAUCAGAGCAGCAGCAACAGCAACAACAACAUCAUCAUCAUCAACAACAGAGCCGACCAGCCGGGAAGAGUAAGAAAGGACGAGAGGACGGGCCGGGGGCGUACCUGACGCCCAAUCGGAUCUUACACCCCUACUGGGUAUCCAAGAAAGCCGGCAUGUCGGUCUGGAUACUGUGCCACCAAGACAUCCUCAAGCAUCGUAAAAAGUUGCGCCCGCUCUACAGGUUCACCCACGAGCCCAAGUUCUCGCCCCAUCUGGCCGACCAGAUCGCCAGCCAACUCGUCCGCCGCGUCGCCCAGGAAUCCGUCGUCUUGCGGGCCUCGUUGGGCCGGCCUAGGUCGGGCACGGUCGCCUCUCUGGACCACUUGGUCGGCGCAGCGCGCCCGGGAACCAUGGCCAGGAUCUCCGAGCAUCCGGCCGUGGCCAGCGGCCCGGUCCUGCUCAGCUACCUGAAAAGUCUCCUGCCGUCCAGCCCGGCCGGGCCCGAGGAUCCCGGGCCCCCCGUCGGCCAGGACCUCCCAGACCCUUCCGCCUCUCUCGGCGCGAUACUCGUCAAGUCAUCCAGCCUGUUCCGCCAGCUCGCGGCGCUCCAAUCUCCUGAGGGGUCGAGUCCUGCGCCGCUAUCGACCAAGCAGGGCCCGGCGGAGCGGCAGGACGCGCUGCUCUUCUCGCUCGAUCUUCGCGACGGACCGGUGCCGGUGUGGGACCUCGAAGGCCUGUUGGCCCGGAUGGCCAAGCCGCCGCCCCGAGCAGCAUCCGGCACCCCGUUGGUCACCGCCGCGGUCGGAGGCCCGUCGACCGUGUCGGCCGAGACUAGUCUGGCAGCGGUGCUCGCCGGCCAGAUCGACGAGGCCUUGCGCGGGCCGGGCUGUCCCCUCACAGCCGAUCCCGGGGCCUACCUGGUGCCCCUGGCCGAGCGCACCUACCCGCUCAUCCUCGCCCUGCGCAGGGCUACCUGGUGGCUCGGCCAGGGCUUCGAGCCCGCCCAUUUCGCCGCCAUCCGCUCCAUGCUCGACGAGGCUCUCGCCCGCAAGCACCUCCGCCACACCCAGUGGCUCCAUUGGAUCCGCAGCCGAAACACCGUCGAGGGCAAGAUCAAGCGCAACGGCCAGCUCUGGGUCCCCUUCGAGACUCGCUCGGGCACCCCUAGAAAGCUUUGGAGACGCGUCUGA